AUGCCCGCGAUUUCUUCCGGAAAGGUGCUAGUGACCGGCGCGAACGGGUUCAUCGCUGUCUGGACGGUGAAGGCCCUCCUCGAAGCGGGCUUCUCCGUCCGAGGCGCCGUGCGCUCUCCGUCCAAGGCCGAGCACCUGAAGACCAUCUUUAGCUCAUACGGCGACAAGCUCGAGUUCGCCUUCGUCCCAGACAUGGUCCAGGACGGCGCGUUCGACGAGGCCGCGGUCGGAGUCGACGCCAUCGUGCACACCGCCUCGCCCGUGCAUCUCACCGCGGACGACCCGGCCGACAUCAUCGACCCCGCGGUCAACGGCACGCUCGGCGUCCUGCGCGCCGCCACCGCCAACGCCCCAUCCGUCAAGCGCGUCGUGUUCGUCUCUACGUGCGGCACCGUGCUCACGCGCAACGCGCCCGGGCCGCGCUUGUACGACGAGACGUGCUGGAACGAGGCGGACGUGAGCACUGUGCAGACGCUCGGGCGCGCCGCGCCGCCUCUCUUAAAGUAUAGUGCGAGCAAGAUCUUGGCAGAGCGGGCGGCGUGGGCGUUCUACGAGGAGCACAAGGGGUCGCAACAGUGGGACCUGGUCGUCGUGAACCCGCCGUGGGUGCUCGGGCCCGUGCUGCAUGAGGUGGUGGGCAGCGGACCGGAGAGCUUGAACAACUCGAACAGACUCUUGUUCGAGGCGAUCACCAAGCGCAGUUUCACUGUUCCUGCCAACUGCUACAUUGAUGUCCGCGACCUCGCGCAGGCUCUGCUGCUCGCGGUGACGAAACCAUCGGCCAGUGGAGAGCGCAUCAUCGCGAGUGCAAGUCCCUUCAGGUGGGAGGACUUCAUUCUCGCAGCGAGCACGUUGUCGAGCAAGAUUCAGCCGCUGGAAACGCCGUACGACGCCGCUGCAGAGGUAUACAAGGUGGUAUACGACAACAGUAAGUCCAAGGAAGUACUGGGCGUCACGUACCGCAGCAUUGAGGAAACCACGGCGGAUAUGUUGAACGACUGGGAGACGCGUGGAUUGCUGUAA